CGCAUCCUUGGGAGCAACAAUUAAGCAGCUCUGGGAUAAAACACACAGCCCGCGGGAGCACGGGGGCAUUGCUUCAAGACAUGGCAAGGCAGGCAGCUGCACCCCUCCUCCCUGGAGUCCUCCUCCUCCUCUCCAUCCUCCCGGCUACUCAGCAAGGAGGGGUUCCUGGUGCUAUUCCGGGAGGGGGAGUCCCAGGAGGAGGCUUUUUCCCAGGUGCUGGAGUUGGAGGUUUGGGAGCAGGACUUGGGGCUGCAGGAAAACCUCCUAAGCCAGGGGUCGGAGGACUUGGGGGACUUGGCCCCCUUGGCCUGCAGCCAGGUGCUGCGGGUCUGUUCCCCGGAGCUGCCUUUCCCGGGGGGGUAUUCCCAGGAGCCGCCUCGGCCGCGGCGCUCAAGGCUGCUGCAAAAGCUGGUGCUGGCAUUGGAGGCGUGGGUGGAAUUGGUGGUCCUGGUGGCCUCGGGGUCUCCACAGGUGCCGUGGUACCGGGCGCGGUGCAGCCCGGCCUUGGCGCGGCAGGGAAACCCCCUAAAAUACCAGGUGCUGGGAUUCCUGGAGCUUUCCCGGGCGGCGUGCUCCCCGGUGCAGGUGUUCGCUUCCCUGGUGUGGGGGUGCUGCCCGGAGUCCCCACUGGAGCUGGAGUCAAGCCUAAAGCCCCAGGAGUUGGAGCCUUUGGAGGAAUCCCUGGACUGGGAGGUUUUGGAGGUCAGCAGCCCGGUGUCCCUCUGGGGUAUCCCAUCAAAGCUCCUAAGCUCCCAGGUGGCUAUGGACUGCCCUACACCAAUGGUCUCAGGGCUGCUGGGAUAGGAGCCGGCCUCCUGGCAGGAAAGGCAGGAUACCCCACUGGGACAGGGGUCGGGGCACAGGCGGCAGCAGCAAAGGCAGCAGCGAAACUUGGAGCCGGUGUCUUGCCCGGGGUUGGUGGAAUCCCGGGAGUCGCACCCGGUGUCGGCGUUGGAGGUGUCCCAGGAGUUGGAGUUGGAGGACCGGCAGCGGCGGCAAAGGCAGCAGCAAAGGCAGGAGCUUUUGGGGCAGUGCCUGGAGUCCCUGGCUUGGUACCUGGUGUCGGAGGUGUCCCCGGGGCGGUGCCCGGAGUCGGAGCUGUCCCUGGGGUGGUGCCCGGUGUUGGAGCAGUCCCUGGGGUGGCAGGGGUGCCGUCGGCAGCAGCAGCAGCAAAGGCAGCUAAGUACGGCGCCGGCAUUCCCGGUGUCGGUGUGGGCGGCGUCCCCGGCCUGGUGCCCGGAGUCGGAGGUGUCCCCGGGGUGGUGCCUGGAGUCGGAGCUGUCCCUGGGGCGGUGCCCGGCAUUGGAGCUGUUCCUGGGGUGGCAGGGGUGCCGUCGGCAGCAGCAGCAGCAAAGGCAGCUAAGUACGGCGCCGGCGUUCCCGGUGUCGGUGUGGGCGGCGUCCCCGGCCUGGUGCCCGGAGUCGGAGGUGUCCCCGGGGUGGUGCCUGGAGUCGGAGCUGUCCCCGGGGCAGUGCCUGGUGUUGGAGCUGUUCCUGGGGUGGCAGGGGUGCCGUCGGCAGCAGCAGCAGCAAAGGCAGCUAAGUACGGCGUCGGCGUUCCCGGUGUCGGUGUGGGCGGCGUCCCCGGCCUGGUGCCCGGAGUCGGAGGUGUCCCCGGGGUGGUGCCUGGAGUUGGAGCUGUCCCUGGGGCGGUGCCCGGCAUUGGAGCUGUUCCUGGGGUGGCAGGGGUGCCGUCGGCAGCAGCAGCAGCAAAGGCAGCUAAGUACGGCGCCGGCAUUCCCGGUGUCGGUGUGGGCGGCGUCCCCGGCCUGGUGCCCGGAGUCGGAGGUGUCCCUGGGGUGGUACCCGGCAUUGGAGCUGUCCCUGGGGUGGCAGGGGUGCCGUCAGCGGCAGCAGCAGCAAAGGCAGCUAAGUACGGAGCCGCUGUUCCUGGCGUUCCUGGCGUUCCUGGCGUUCCUGGCGUUCCUGGCGUUCCUGGCGUUCCUGGCGUUCCUGGUGUUCCUGGCGUUCCUGGUGUCCCAGGCGUUCCUGGUGUGCCUGGGGUUCCUGGCGCUGUGCCUGGUGUUGGAGUGGGUGGCCCAGCAGCAGCAGCCGCAGCCAAGGCAGCGGCAAAAGCAGCGGCGAUCGGAGCAGGACGUGUGCCUGGCGUUGGCGUGCCCGGCGUUGGCGUUCCUGGAGUGGGUGUCCCUGGAGUGGGUGUCCCUGGAGUGGGUGUGCCUGGUGCUGGCGUGCCCGGUCUGGUGCCCGGGGUCGGCGUUCCAGGAGCUCCGGCAGCCGCUGCCAAAGCAGCCGCCAAAGCGGCCAAGUAUGGAGUGGGUGGCCUGGCUCCUGGCGUGGGUGGCCUGGCUCCUGGCGUGGGUGGCCUGGCUCCUGGCGUGGGUGGUCUGGUUCCUGGUGUGGGUGGCCUGGUUCCUGGUGUUGGAGGCGUCCCAGGUGUUGGAGUUCCAGCAGCAGCAGCCAAAGCAGCAGCCAAGGCAGCCAAAUUUGGUGCUGGGGUUGGAGGGGUGCCAGGUGUGGUGCCCGGCGUGGGCGGAGUGCCCGGAGUGACACCCGGUGUUGGUGUGCCUGGCUUGGUGCCAGGGGUGGGAGUACCUGGAACUGGCAUCCUUCCCGGGGCAGGCAUCCCCCAAGUAGGGGUGCAGCCUGGUGCUAAACCUCCCAAAUUCGGUGUUCCUGGGGUUGGAGUCCCAGGUGUUGGUGGCCUCCCAGGUGGGCUCGGAGUUGGUGGGCUCGGAGUUGGUGGCCUCGGAGCUGCUGGGAAACCUCCCAAGCCAGGGGUUGGAGUUCCCGGCUUCGGCGUAUCACCGAUAUUUCCAGGUGGGGUCGGCGGCCUGGGAUUUGGUGGGAAGCCCCCCAAGCCCUACGGAGGAGCCCUGGGUGCCCUGGGCUUUAGAGGCGGCGCGGGCUGCGCGGCAGGGAAGUACUGCGGGAGGAAGCGGAAGUAACGCUCCGUCACCCAUCACCUCAUGAACUUUGGUGCUACUGCAUGGUCCAGAAUGUAAAUCCGAAGCAAAGCUGAGACAUCCCCUCCUCAAGUCCCGGAGCCCCUCGUCAUCCCGGGGCCAUGCCCGGCCCCGCGUUCCCCGGAGGGACCCCGCGUUCCCCGGCAAUGUCCGUCCACCCCGGCCCUCGGUCCCGGCAGGGAGCGCGGAAUAAAGUGCGGGGAGCAGCCGUCCCCCUUGGUGCUAUCGCUCUCUGCGGGAUUUAGGGGGGGCCUGGGCUAUCGCGCCCCUCCCCAGCCCCAGAGCUGGCCCCGGGGGGGGGGCACAGGAUGAGGGGCACCCCACAUUGGAGGGAGGGAGGGAAGGGGAUGCCGGCGGCAGGGGCUGUGUGGAGACGGAUGGCCCCGUCAGCCUGGCCCCCGCCCCGGUCCCCGCGCUCCCCCCGGUUUGGGGGGGGGGCGCGGGCUGGAGGGGCUCGGUCCCUUCACGUUGCUCACUUUGCUAUAACUGGGUGGGACGCCCUAUACAGAGGGACUCGCUUCUGACAGACUAAUAAAGGAC